GCGAAGCCAAAAGGCUGGCGUGACGUCCUGCUUGCCGAAGGCCCGGAGAACUUUGCUCGCGCUGUCCGCCGGCACCAAGGUCUUCUGCUAAUGGACACAACCAUGCGUGACGCCCAUCAGUCCCUGCUGGCCACGCGUGUUCGCACCUACGAUCUGAUGCGCAUCGCACCGUUCAUCUCCACGACUAUGCCACAACUCUUUAGUCUGGAGAACUGGGGGGGUGAGUUCUCUUUUCUUGUCGGCUAA